CCAACUCGACAGUAACUAAAUGCGCGGUCACCGUCAUCUGCUCCAGCGAGAGCACGCCAAUCGAAGCUGAUACAUUUCUUCGAUUCGCAUCAAAAAAAUCUCUGUCCCGGUCUCCUCCAAAACCCUAGAGAGAUAAACUAGAGUGGGAAAAAGCAAUCUCAAUGCGCGAAGAAGGCGGUGCGGCGUCGUACGACUACGACGGCGAUCCUCGAUGGUCGGAUUACUGGUCCAACGUCCUCAUCCCCCCUAACACGGCGUCAAGAUCCGAAGUCGUUGAGCACUUCAAGCGCAAAUUCUACCGGAGAUUCAUCGAAAAAUCAGCCAGUUUAGUUACACAACUCCCACACCAUGUUGAUACAAUGUAUGUUUCCCCUUCCAUACAGGAUCCUGAUCUGGAGGUUGAGGCUAUGACUUUAACCAGUUCAUCUCAACCAGACAGAGGAUCAGGAAGAUCUACAUCAACUCCGGGAACACGAAACGCAAGAACUCGUACAACAGCGUCUACACCUGGAACAACUGCGUCACUGAGGAGUAACUCCAAUUCUUUCUUUUUGGAUAAGAAGACCAUACACUUCUCUGUCAAUGCUUGGGUUUUAGUUGUGGCAGUGAUUGGUGUUCUUCCUCUUGCGUCAAGGACUCUCUCAAACAAGGCUUGUCGACUGUCCUUACUUGGCACGGCAUUAUCCUCAUUAUAUUCUUUGUAUAUUCUGUAUGGGAAACCCAGGGCGUGGAAUCUGCUUUCAGUCCAAGCAUGGUUUCAGUCUAUAAUUGCAACAAAGGAUUUCAUUCGCUUCGUCUACUGCCUUACGUUUGUUUCUUCACAGAUACACUUUAAAUUUGUUUUGAUACCUGUGCUUUGCUGGUCACUUGAACAUGUUGCCAAAUUCUUAAGGUUCAAUUUCAACCAGUCAUUGUUCUACAGGAACUACCUGGAAAAUCCCUGUGUGUGGGUCGAAGCAAACACUACUACACUUAGCAUUCUGAGUUCAAACGCAGAAAUUGCACUUGGUUUCCUUCUGCUAUUGUCACUGUUCUCGUGGCAGCGCAACAUCUUACAAAUAUUUAUGUACUGGCAGCUGCUGAAGCUCAUGUAUCAUGCUCCUGCAACUGCCGGAUAUCAUAAAAGCACAUGGGCCAAAAUCAACCGGGUUAUCUCUCCCUACAUCCGCCGCCAUGCGCAUUUCUUUAUCUCUCCCCUCUCAACAGUCCAGAGAUGGUGGUUCAGGUAGAAGAAAAGACCCAUGUACUAAACCAACACCAAACCAAAAGUUCCAACUUUUUUGUCAUCUCAGUAGAAUAUCCUUAUUACCACUAAACAAUUAAAAAGCAACCAUUUUGUAAUAUACACUCACUUUCCAUGUGGUUCUCCACUUAAAAUGCAAAAGCUGGCUCAUUCGCCUUUUUUGCUUUACAAAGACCCAGCAUUAGUUUGUUUAUAAUGGAAUCAUGCCAACCAUCAACGCUUCCCCCUCUCCUCUUAACACUCUAAUGG